AUGAGACUGUCCGCCCUCCGUCUUGCACUCGCUGCCAUCGCGACUACGGCUCACGCUGCUGCGUCGGUCGAGUACGUGACUGACCUGCCCGCCUACUCACUCCUGGCUGAGUGCGCCUCCGCGGCCAUCUCGUACCCCAUCCAGGUGCAAACCUAUGUCGGCUCCUGCGACGACGACCGCCCCGGUCUGCAGUCCUGCAUCUGCCAGAACGCAACCCUCUCCGCCGAGGUCCUCUCCUCCAUCCGCGACGAUGUGUCCGCCUCGUGCGGCAGCACCGCCUCGGGCGACCAGUCGAGCGCCGAGGCCGUCUGGGACCAGUACUGCGACCCGGACAAGACAGUCGACUUCAGCACGCCCUCCAAGAACAUUGUCAGCGCCUACAUCACCGACCUCAGCGAGAUGCGCUACCUCGCCCCCUGCGCCUCCACCGGCCUGAGCUCCGCCGUCAUGGCCGCGCCGCUGUCCAAGUGUCCCGCCGAGCCCAGCCUCUACGCCCCCUGCGUCUGCUCCAAGGACGGCGUCGCCGACAUGGUCUCGAGGACCAUCUCAAAGUCCGUCAGCGCCUCCUGCUUCAACGACGAGGACGUCACCCUCGCCUACGACUUCUUCUCCCACUACUGCGACAUGAACCAGGGCACCACCUCGUUCCCCACGCCCACCGGGCCUCCCGGUGACAUGUCCUACCACGUCACCGCCCUGCCGCAGUACGCGUCGCUCAACGACUGCGCGCAGUCCGCCGUCUCCUACGCCAUCAUGGGGCAGACCAUCUUUCAGUGCCCCGAGGAUGGGCCCCAAGCCCUCGCGAGCUGCGUCUGCAUCAAGGACGGCAUGUCCCGCCGCAUGAGCAGCACCCUGACGAGCGACGUCCGAUGGUACUGCGACGUCACCGCGACGGCCGACGUCUCCUCCGCCCUGGAUAUCCUUGACUAUUACUGCAGUGCCGCCCGCGACGAGGUCACCGCCCAGGUCACAGUGUCGACGAGCGAGAGCGCCUAUCCAACCGCGGAAUCGGGGACCACGAGCAGUACGCCGCCUGGGGAAACGGGCACCAGCGGCGACGACAACAGCAGCGGCGACGACCAGAACAGCACCAGCACCAGCACCAGCAGCAGUAGCAACGGCGGCGACGGCACAAGCAAGACGGCCGUCAUUGCAGGGAGUGUCAUCGGCGGCCUCGUCCUCAUUGUCGCCAUCGUCGCACUCAUCUGGUUCAUCCGUCGUCGCAAGAUGCGUGCCAGCACGCAGGAACAAGUGCCCUCCGCACCACCCUCCCCGCAGCAACAUGCAGAGCUCCACGGCGCGACCUCCCUGAAGGACUUGGCCAACCGCAAGGAGCUCGGAGACUCGUACAUUAGCGAGCUGCCGCCGCAGACACGCACAAACGAGCUCCCAGCCCAAGGGAACGCGGCGCGUACGCAGCACUUUGCCUCGCACGAGCUGGAGAGCCCCAGUGGUGGCGUUGGUGGUGGAUUCACGCCGAGUGCGCCGACCAGAAGGGCGGCGGGCGGCAUGGGCUGGCAGUCGGGCCCGAUGGACGCGUACGAGAUGGACGCGACGCCGAGGGGGAGGUGA